UCUAGUGGACGGUUCUUCAGAAACAGCUCGUUCAACCACCGCGGUAGCUUUCUAGCCAACACAGCUUGAAUCUUUCGGCUAUUUAUACGCUUUCGGUGUAUAUUAGCUACUGUGUUUUAGACACACUUCUGUCGUAUCUACUUCUUAACCUAUUUAAUUUAAUAUUACGUUAUUUUUUAUUAGUCAGCUAUAGUAGCUGGCUGGUUAAGUUAGCACUAGCCUAGUUGCUAAUGAUAGCUAGCUAACGUCCCCGACCAUGAGCUCCCUAAACUUCUACCCUUCUGUUAAAGAAGAGGGGGUCUGCUGGACGGAGAAAGAAGCUCUGGGCCUGAACAUUGUCGUGAAAGAGGAGAAGGAUGAAGAGGAUGUCACAGUAAAAAAAGAGAAAGACGUUUCAGUUAAAGAAGAGGAGGAUGCAGUUUUUGGAGUGAAGAAGGAAGGGGAGAUUGCUGUCACAUUGAAAGACGAAGAGGUGGAGAUAGGAGAUCUGAUUGACACCAGAGAGAGAUGUGACUAUCGUGGAUCCUCUGGGGAGCCUCAACAUCAUGAUGCUAACGAGGCAGAGAAGGGUCUCUCCACUUCAGAACACCUCAAGAAACGCCAGCAGAGACCCACAGAUAGGAAAUCUCACUGCUGCUCUGACUGUGGGAAACGUUGCAAAUCUUCAUCAGAACUUAAAAUACACCAGCAAGUACACACAGGAGAUAAAUCUCACCACUGUUUUGAUUGUGGGAAGAGUUACUUAAGAUCAGAAUCACUAAAAGUACACCUGAGAAUUCACACUGGAGAGAAACCUUAUAGCUGUGAUCAAUGUGGGAAGAGUUUUACUCAGUCAAGCUGCCUGAAAACUCACCAGAGAAUUCACACUGGAGAGAAACCUUAUAGCUGUGAUCAAUGUGGGAAGAGUUUUACUCAGUCAAGCUGCCUGAAAACUCACCAGAGAAUUCACACUGGAGAGAAACCUUAUAGCUGUGAUCAAUGUGGGAAGAGUUUUACUCACUCAAGCUGUCUUAUAGUACACCUGAGAGCGCACACAGGAGAGAAACCUUACCACUGCUCUGACUGCGGAAAGAGUUUUGUUAGUUCAACAGAUUUAAAAUCCCACCUGAAAAUACACACAGUAGACAAACCUUAUAACUGUACUCAAUGUGGGAAGAGUUUUAAUCACUCAAGCUGGCUGAUAGUACAUCUGAGAGCACACACAGGAGUGAAACCUUAUAGCUGUAAUCAAUGUGGGAAGAGUUUUGUUACAUCUAGCCAUCUGACUCUACACCAGAGAACACACACAGGAGAGAAAUCUUAUAGCUGUUGUCAAUGUGGGAAGAGUUUUAUUCAGUCAAGUAGCCUGAUAUCACACCAGAGAACACACACAGGAGAGAAACCUUACAGCUGUAAUCAAUGUGGGAAGAGUUUUACUCAGUCAAGCAGCCUAGUAUCACACCAGAGAACACACACAGGAGAGAAACCUUACAGCUGUAAUCAAUGUGGGAAGAGUUUUACUCAGUCAAGCAGCCUAGUAUCACACCAGAGAACACACACAGGAGAGAAACUUCAUAGCUGUGAUCAAUGUGACAAGAGAUACUCUGAUAAAAGAUCUCUGAUCAAGCAUCAGAAAAUACAUACAUGAAGGAGUUGUUUCCUGAUAUCAAUGAAAUAAUGGCACAAUGUAGAAUGUUUUAACAUUGUAGUAGGAAUAUUUUAAUGAUGUCACAAUGUAGAAUGUUGUAACAUUGUAAUAGGAGUAUUUUAAUGACGUCACAAUGUAGAACCCUAAUUAUUUCUCCCCUGUUCUAUGAGCCUCAUCAGUGGAUUUUUUUUUGUAUUUUGCAUCUUUCCCUCGAUCCUGACUAGUCUGCUAGUCCCUGCCACUGCAAAACUUCUCCGCUGCAUGAUGCUGCCACCCCCAUGCUUCACAGUAGGGAUGGUGCCAAGUUUCUUCCAGAUGUGAAUCUUGGCAUUCAGGCCAAAGAGUUUAAUCUUGGUUUCAUCAGACCAGAGAAUCUUGUUUCUCAUGGUCAGAGUCCUUUCUGUAUUUUUUGGCAAACUCCAAGCAGGCUGUCAUGUGCCUUUUACUGAGGAGUGGUUUCCGUCUGGCCACUCUACCGUAAAGAUCUGAUUGGUGGAGUGCUGCAGAGAUGGUUGUCCGUCUGGAAUGUUCUCCCAUCGACACAGAGGAACUCUGGAGCUUUGUCAGAGUAACCAUCGGGUUCUUGGUCACCUCCCUGACCAAGGCCCUUCUCCCAAAUGUAUGUAGUUCUGUACUUGAGCUGAUCUUGUCUAUUGAUUUGUGUCAUGUUUUGUGUGGACCCCAGGAAGAGUAGCUGCUGCUUAUGCAACAGCUAAUGGGGAUCCUAAUAAAAUACCAAAAUACCAAGAUUGCUCAGUUUGGCUGGGUGGCCAGCCCUAGGAAGAGUCUUGGUGGUUCCAAACUUUUUCAUUUUAAGAAUGAUGGUGGCCACUGUGUUCUUGGGGACCUUCAAUGAUGCAGAAAUGUUUUGGUAUCCUUCCCCAGAUCUGUGCCUCAACACAAUCCUUUCUCAGAGCUCUUCGGACAAUUCCUUUGACCUCAGGGCUUGGUUUUCACUCCGACACUGUGGGACCUUAUAUAGACAGGUGUGUGCAUUUCCAAAUCAUGUCCAAUCAAUUGAAUUUAUCACAGGUGGACUCCAAUCAAUUUGUAGAAACAUCUCAAGGAUGAUCAAUGGAAACAGGAUGCACCUGAAAGCAAUUUCAAGUCUCUUAGCAAAGGGUCUGAACACUUAAGUAAAUACAUUUGCAAAUGGUUUGUCAUUAUGUUUGUGUAGAUUGAUGAGGGGAACUUCUUUUCGAAUAAGGCUGUUAUGUAACAAAAUGUUGAAAAAGUGAAGGGGUCUGAAUACUUUACGAAUGCACUGUAUAUCACUGGGCAGAUUAUUCUACCGCUGGCAGUUUUGUACACAGUCAUGUGAUACAUGGUAUAGAAAAAUCCAAUCUUAGGAGAAUACAAGGGAGGCACUAUACUGUGUGUCUGCAGGUGUCAAUCUGGUCAAAACCACUGAUAAGGUGCCCCUCCACCCUCUGGUGGGAUGGAUCAUGUCUACAGAGAAACCUAGAUUCAAAUACUUAACAUUUGUGUGUAUUGGGUAUAUAUUGUGAAAUUGUUAGAUAUUACUUGUUAGAAAUUACUGCACUGUCGGAGCUAGAAACGCAAGCAAUUCGCUAAUAAUAAUAAAAAUAUCUGCAAAACAUGUGUAUGUGACCAAUUAUAAUGUGAUUUUGAUUUGAAAUAAAUGUCCUAUUUAUCAAAGGUG